AUGGCUGAUGGAAAAGAAGUUGCAUCUCCCCGAAUCUUCGUCUUGAGUGGAAAACGAAAAUCGGGAAAAGAUUUUAUUGCAGGCAAACUAAAAUACGCCUUUGGUUGUGACAAAUGUAAUAUUAUCAGACUCUCCGGUCCUUUGAAACGUGAAUAUGCGAAACAAAACGGACUGGAUUUUGAUCGACUGAUGGAUUCUACGACUUACAAGGAACUAUACCGUCAGAAAAUGAUUGGAUGGGGAGAGGAGAAAAGAAACGCUGACUCAUAUUACUUUUGCAGAUUAGCAGUAGAAAUGAUUCUCGCUGAAAAUUGUGGCGAAACUCUUUCUCUUCCCAAACCAGUGUGGAUAAUAUCUGACGCACGGAGAAAAACCGAUGUACGUUACUUCAAAGAAAAUUACGACAAAGUUGUAAGUGUGCGGAUAAAUGCUUCAGAGGAGACAAGAAGAUCAAGAGGUUGGGUAUUUACACCCGGUGUGGAUGACGCUGAGUCUGAAUGUGGACUUGAUAAUGAGAUAUUUGAUGUUGUGAUUCAAAAUGAUGGCGAUGAACAGCAACUGGAAAAAAAUCUUAACUAUCUAAGAACCUAUGCUUGUUCUUCCUAA